AUGAAGCUCUUAUUCGUCACAAUCAUCGUAGCUUCAGCCUCUGCUGUGCAGAGCGCCAUUACCUGGACGCUGGAAAAGGCGGCAAACCCAUCAGCCGACCAAAACGAAGCCUACAAAAAGAUUGAGGCGGCCAUGAAAGCAGCCGCCGCGAGACACGAAAAAAUAGGCAACGCCAACAAGUCGGUCAAGGUCUUCUAUACACCCGGCGUGCCCACGGCAGAGGCGAGCUCUAACGGCGACGUACGCUUCGGUUCGGACCGCUCCUUCAUGACCGAGCGGACGGCGCUUCACGAAAUCUCACACACGCUUGGCGUCGGCAUGACAUCCGCCUUUAAUUCCAUGUGUUCGUCCGGCGAUUGGAAAACGGCAUGGCCAUUACUCAAGUCUUGGGACGGCGAUGACGCGAAGAUCAGCUGCGGCGGCCAACAUUUUUGGCCGUACGGUCUGAACUACGAGAAGGAAUGGACUGAAACCACUGCAGACCGCCAUGUUAAAAUGGUCAACGCCAUGAUUGCUGAUGGCAUGUGA